AUGGGCUUGAAAACAGUGGUUUUGGCGGCUCUUAGCCUUGUUACUUUGACAAAUGCCUCUGCUAUCGACUCACGAACAAACAAACCAGCAAACACCCAAUACUACAACACAAAGACUUCUCAAUUCUAUGUUGAUCCAAAAGGCAUUCCCGAAGUUUCAUUUGAUGUUGGCGAAAGCUACGCCGGUCAGAUCCCAGUCGAUCUGAAAAAGAACGGGUCCAAAGACUCCAAGUUCUUUUACUGGUUUUUUCCAACUGUCAACCCAGCUGGCAAAGAUGAUGUUGUCAUUUGGUUCAACGGAGGUCCGGGAUGUUCUUCUCUGGAAGGUAUUCUUAUCAUCUCCACCAUCACUCCUACGAUAUUAAUCCGUUCUGUAGGCUUCAUCCAAGAGAAUGGUCCUUUCAAGUGGCAGUACGGAACAUACAAGCCCGUUCCAAACGCAUGGUCAUGGCACAAACUCGCCAAUGUCAUUUGGGUCGAGUAUCCCAUUGGCACAGGCUUCUCAACUGGCCCUGUCACAGCUCACAACAACACUCAGACUGCAGAUGAGUUCGUCAAAUGGUGGAAGAAUCUCGUCGACACCUUCAGCCUUCAAGGCAAGAAGAUUUACGUGACCGGUGAAUCCUACGCCGGUGUCUACAUUCCCUAUGUCGGAGCUGCCAUGCUCGACAAGAAAGACAAGAAGUACUACGACGUCCAGGGUGCUUUGUACUAUGAUCCCGUCAUGCCGUACGCUGACGAGCUUCACCUUGACAAGGCAGCUUUCCCAGCCUUCUUCAGACAUUGGGAGAGUGUUUUUGCCAUUCCCAAUAAGAACAAGAAGAUCCUCGAGAACGACAAUGAGAAAUGUGGUCUGGACAAAUAUCGUGAAGCGCAUCUGACAUACCCUCCUCCCCCAAAGCCGUGGAAGUCUGUUCCGACUAAAGGAUGUGACAUCACUUCUCACUUUGAUGAGAUAAUCCCCGUCAUCAACCCCUGUUUCAACGUUUACCACGUUCAAGAUACCUGCCCCGUUCUCUGGGAUAUUCUAGGCUUUCCUUCAGUCGAGUAUGUUGCUCCCGGCGCAUCCAUCUACUUCAACCUUCCCGACGUCCGCAAAGCGAUCCAUGCCCCCUCCACUCCCAAGAACUGGACAUCCUGUUCUGGUCCCGUGUUCGUCAAAGAUGACCCGCACUACGAUCCAGCCGAGCACGAGAAGAAGUUCCAAACGCUCGUCGAAAAGACAAACAACGUCAUUAUCGGCUCUGGUAUGGCAGACUACAUCAUCACAUCAAACACGACGGCUCUUGCGGUGCAAGGACUUAAGUGGAACGGCAAGCAGGGAUUUCAAAAGGCACCUAGCCAAGAGUUUGUUGUACCAAUCAUCAACAACACUGCCUUGAACACUGAGAAUUGGGCUGGCGGAAGUGUGCAGGGAGAAGUGCACUCUGAGAGAGGAUUUACUCUUGCUACGGUCAAGACAAGUGGUCAUAUGGUGCCUCAGUAUGCCCCUCCUGCGGCGUUUAGGCAGCUUGAACAUUUGCUUGGACGGGUUGAGUCGUUGACGGAGCCAGAGCCGUUUUCAAUCAACAUUUCUACUUCUUUCAAGUGGCCGUACUAG